AUGACGGAAUGUAUGGACCGAUGUUCCACCACUGGCAACGGAACCCUGCCUUGCGUCGCUGUAGUGUACGGCCAGAAAGACCAGCUAUGUUGGCUGGUAGACGCCACCUUGAAUUCAACCACGCAACUUGUAACCGACGACGAUUUAGACACCGCCCUCGUGUCGGACCUUUCACUUUUCCAAAAUCUCGACACCCAGUGUCCGUACGCCAAUACCUCUACGCAGACGACCUCGAAUAACUUGACCUUUGAGGUUUUGUGUGGGAACGACUUCAAGGGCUAUGAUGUAACACCUUGGGUAGGUGCCACGCCUCAUCAUGAGGAAACUCUUGGAGGGUGCAUGGAAUACUGCUCCACAUUGAGGCCCAUAUGCUAUGGAGUUGUUCACGACCCAGGCAUGGGACAUGGCUUUGUCAACUGCUGGCCAAAGAGCGUGGGAGUUACUACCAAUCCUCGCAUGGAAUCCACUAUCAACAUGGCCAUCGCGCGCUUUGGUUCAGACUUCAACACCACAUGCAGUUAUGGCAACUAUACGUCUUCUACGGGUGCUAACUUUAGCAUGAUCUGCGACGCCGUUGGUGCUGGCGAGGACAUCAAGACCGUCUACCAGCCCAACUUUGGCGCCUGUAUGGACACCUGCGCAGCCUACGUGCCGUCAGGAAACCAGGCAGGACAGGAUUGUAACGCUGUCCUCUACGAACCGGACGCCGCCAGUGGAUACGAAAACUGCUACCUCAAAGCCACCGGACGGCAGAACGAGACGCGCUCGGCCUGGCGCUUAGGAAUACGGCUCGACCAAGGGAGCAAGACGUCAUCCGGCGGCGGAGACUCCACUUUCUCCCCAGGCGGCAGCGGCGACAGCAGUGGCAGCAGUGGCAGCGGCAGCAAAGCCUGGAUCGCAGGCCCUGUUGUUGCUGCGGUGGUCGCCGUGGCACUCUUCUUUGGCGGAUGCUUCUGGUGGCGCAGACGACGAUCUCGAAAGUAUGGCGGUGGUCAGCGUCGCACCAGCAGUAGUAGAAUGCCACGCUGGCGGAAUCGAUCCGAGUUGGAUGCCAAUUUCACCGAGCGCAAGGAACUGGAGGCAAAGCAGUCGCUGAGACCACUGUCCGAGUUACCAGGCUCGGCGGGAGUGUGGCAUGAGAUGCCGUCUGACAGUACGCCCAGUUCGCGGACGUUGGGUUGA